AUGUUACUGUUUGGACAGUGGGUUCUUUCUUUACAAGCCAAGGAGUCCAAACAUGCUGGGCUAAAGGGUGAGCUCUCUAUGACUAACCGAUCAAGGGCUAGUGAUCAUACGAGCAAGUGGUGGCAGUUAAUGAGGUCUAACUACAUUAGAACUUUCUAUCUACCAGAACACCAACCUUCUCCCCCCUGCUAUUCAUCACACUUUAAGUCCCGUAAACCUCCUCAUUGUGAUUCAGCAAUGUAUUGUGAUUGUGGGAGAGAGAAAGUGGACAUAGAGCAUACACAAUGCAAGGUUUGUUGCGAGGCUAUCCUUGUAAGCAGAUGUGCACAAGAGCAACAGCUCUCAACCGAUAUUGUUGCUUUGCUCAAACCGUGUGUUUCCGAUGUAUUCAAUAGGCGGUUUGCUGAUAAGCUUGGAUUGAAAGGGCAUCAUGAUAGUGUUCACAAAAGGCAAUCGAUCACAGCAAAUUCAUUAUCAUCCUUGAAGUCUUUAUCCGUUGAUGAACUUAAAAAAUGCUUAAGGGAAAGAGGUCUUUCCACUUCAGGUAAAAAGGAUAUUCUUUUGGUCCAUCUUGAAGGUGUGAUGGCAGGAGAGCUCUGA